AUGGCAUCAUCACUGUAUGAAGCGGAAAGAGCACUUGCAGCCGAUGAUGGCAGGAAGAUGUUAUGGGCGAAAGCUAAAUACAUUUCCGCUCUUCCAAAUCGUGGGAAGAAUCAGGAAAUGGAAGAUGGACUCAGCUGGCACCACGUAUUCGCCUGGCAGGAGAGGGAAAUGAGAGAGGACUCAGAUAAAAGGGCAUGCGUUGGGCAAGGAGCUAGCACAGGUGAACAACCGUCGAGGUUAUUUCCCGAUCAAGGGCUCUGUACAUGUGGCGAGGAAGCAGCUGAGGUCUACCUUACCUGUUUGUUUGAAGAUGCCAAUUUGGCUGCAAUACACGCUCGUCGAGUUACUAUAUUUCCCAGAGACAUUUACUUGAGCAGUUUCUCCUCAAAGUUGUCCCAUUACACUCUACUUGAUCCAAUAGCUCUACCUUACGAGAAGGCCGACGCCAUCGUUACUAUCCUGACAAAACCUUGA